CGCCCCCUCGCCCUCGCGGCGAGCCGGGGGGCGUGGACCCUCUCCGGGCACGCCCGCCCUCCCCGCCUCGCCCGGCGACCGGGCCCCGACCGGCGCGGCCCGGCGGCCCGCGGCGCGCUGGAUGCGGCGGAGUCCUGGCGGGCGGCCGCGGCCCGAGGCGACAUGUACCUGCUGGACGGCAGCGGCGAACCCGCGUCUCCGCCCGCGGACGCGAUGCCGCGCGGGCCGCCCCCCAGGAAGACCGUCUACCGCAUCUCCGUGACCAUGGUCAGAAAGGAGCAGCUGAGCGCGCCGGGCCCCGGCGGCCCGGACACGCGUCCGACUCGGAGGCCCCGGACCGCGCGCUCCCCAGACGCGCCCGGGCGGCUCGUGGAGGAGGCGGCGGCCGCUGAGGACCUGGAGGACCGCCGGCCGCCGCGCGCCUGGGACUUCCGCACCUUCCGCACCCGCAGCACCGGGCAGCUGGAACUCGGGCGGCUCCGGCCUUGCGCACGCGGCCCGGAGCCCGAGGACCGGACCGGCAGGCCCCGGGCCAUGGAGGAGGAGGUGGAGGAGGGGUCGGGCUUGCCCGCGCCGGGUAGUCCGGACGUGGAGGGGGCCCGGGCCGCGCCCCUGCGGCGCAGCCUCAGCUUCAGGCACUGGAGCCGACCCGAGGCGCCGCGGGGUAGGGCCCUGGGCCGCGGGAGGCGCUACAGCAGCUCCGGGAGCCUGGCCUGGGCCCCAGGCGGGGAGGAGGUGGCCGACCCCGGGGCCGCUCUGGAGCCCGCGGUCUCGGGGCAGCCCGCCUCGGAGAAGCGCAACACUCUGGACGUGGGUGAGGUGCUCAGCAAGAACGACGCGCUCUCGGACCUGGAGCGCUGGGAGCGCAGCAAAAGCAAGAACCGCACGCUGGACAACAGCGACCUGCAGCGGCUGGAGCGCGCGCGGGCGGCGGCUGCGGCCGCGGGCCACGGCACGGCGUCGGAGCACCGGCUGCUGCGCUUCUUCAGCGGCAUCUUCGCGCGCAAGGACGGCGCGCCCGGCGGCGGGCCCUCUCCGCGGAGCGGCGCGUCGCGGUCGCGCGGCUACUUCAGCAGCCUGCGGCGGGCCCCGGCCGACGCGCACUCGUCCAGCGCGGAGAGCAUCGACGGGUCCCCGCGCAGAGAUGCCUUCGUGAACAGCCAGGAAUGGACGUUGAGUCGAUCCGUCCCGGAGCUCAAAGUGGGCAUUGUGGGUAACUUGGCCAGCGGCAAGUCGGCCCUGGUGCACCGCUAUCUGACCGGCACGUAUGUCCAGGAGGAGUCUCCCGAAGAUAUGGAUGCAGGUGGCAGGUUCAAGAAAGAGAUUGUCGUCGACGGACAAAGCUAUCUGCUGCUGAUCCGAGAUGAAGGUGGCCCCCCGGAGGCCCAGUUCGCCAUGUGGGUGGACGCCGUCGUGUUUGUCUUCAGCUUGGAGGAUGAGAUCAGUUUCCAGACCGUUUAUCACUACUACAGCCGCAUGGCCAGCUACCGGAACACGAGCGAGAUCCCGCUGGUCCUGGUGGGCACCCAGGACGCCAUCAGCUCCACCAACCCGCGGGUCAUCGACGACGCCCGGGCACGGAAGCUCUCCAGCGACCUGAAGAGGUGCACGUACUACGAGACGUGUGCCACGUACGGGCUGAACGUGGAGCGGGUCUUCCAGGACGUUGCCCAGAAGAUUGUCGCCACGAGGAAGAAGCAGCAGCUGUCCAUAGGUCCCUGCAAGUCCCUCCCCAACUCGCCCAGCCACUCGUCAGUCUGCUCCGCACAGGUGUCUGCCGUGCACAUCAGCCAGACGAGUAACGGCGGUGGGAGCCUGAGCGACUACUCCUCCUCCGUGCCGUCCACGCCGAGCACCAGCCAGAAGGAGCUCCGCAUCGACGUGCCGCCCGCAGCCAACACGCCCACGCCCGUCCGCAAGCAGUCCAAGCGUCGGUCCAACCUCUUCACUUCUCGGAAAGGGAGUGACCCAGACAAAGAGAAGAAAGGCCUGGAGAGUCGGGCGGACAGCAUCGGGAGCGGUCGAGCCAUCCCAAUUAAACAGGGCAUGCUGCUGAAGCGCAGUGGCAAAUCGCUAAACAAGGAGUGGAAGAAGAAGUACGUCACGCUGUGUGACAACGGUGUGCUCACCUACCACCCGAGCCUGCAUGAUUACAUGCAGAAUGUUCACGGUAAAGAGAUUGAUCUUCUGAGAACCACUGUGAAAGUCCCAGGGAAGAGGCCCCCCCGAGCCACAUCGGCCUGCGCACCCAUCUCCAGCCCGAAAACCAACGGCCUGUCCAAGGACAUGAGCAGCUUGCACAUUUCACCGAAUUCAGGGAGUGUCUCUAGUGCGCCUGGGUCUCAGAUGGCGAGCGGCGUCAGCCUGGGCUCCUUCAACAGCCGAGCGGACGGCAUGCAGCAGCGGUCCUACUCCGUCUCCAGUGCCGACCAGUGGAGCGAGGCUACGGUCAUUGCAAACUCAGCCAUCAGCAGUGACACGGGGCUGGGUGACCCCCUGUGCUCGAGCCCCAGCAUUUCCAGCACCGCCAGCCCCAAGCUCGACCCGCCCCCCUCCCCUCACGCCAACAGAAAGAAGCAUCGGAGGAAGAAAAGCACGAGCAACUUCAAAGCCGAUGGCCUCUCCGGCACCGCUGACGCCAAACGCAAAGCAUGGAAACUAAACCGUGUUGGUAGCCUGCGAAAUAUUUACAGCAGCAGCACCAACACCGAAGAGCAAGAAGAAAACUUUGAGUUUAUCAUUGUGUCCCUCACUGGCCAGACGUGGCACUUUGAAGCCACCACAUACGAGGAGCGAGACGCGUGGGUCCAGGCCAUUGAGAGCCAAAUCCUCGCCAGCUUGCAGUCGUGCGAGAGCAGCAAGAACAAGUCGCGGCUGACCAGCCAGAGUGAGGCCAUGGCCUUGCAGUCGAUACGGAACAUCCGCGGGAACUCCCACUGCGUGGACUGCGAGACCCAGAAUCCCAACUGGGCCAGUCUGAACUUGGGAGCCCUCAUGUGUAUCGAGUGCUCAGGGAUCCACCGGAACCUCGGCACCCACCUCUCUCGAGUCCGGUCUCUGGACCUCGACGACUGGCCCAUUGAGCUCAUCAAAGUGAUGUCGUCCAUCGGGAACGAGCUGGCCAACAGCGUCUGGGAGGAGAGCACCCAGGGGCGGACGAAGCCCUCGCUGGACUCCACAAGGGAAGAGAAGGAACGGUGGAUCCGGGCCAAGUACGAGCAGAAGCUCUUCCUGGCCCCGCUGCCCUGCACGGAGCUGUCCCUGGGCCAGCACCUGCUGCGGGCCACGGCCGACGAGGACCUGCGGACAGUCAUCCUGCUGCUGGCGCACGGCUCCCGGGACGAGGUGAACGAGACCUGCGGGGAGGCUGACGGCCGGACGGCGCUGCACCUGGCCUGCCGGAAGGGCAACGUGGUCCUGGCCCAGCUGCUCAUCUGGUACGGGGUGGACGUGAUGGCCCGCGACGCGCACGGGAACACGGCUCUGGCCUACGCGCGGCAGGCCUCCAGCCAAGAGUGCACCGAAGUCCUGCUACAGUACGGCUGCCCCGACGAGCGCUUCGCGCUCAUGGCCACCCCCAACCUGUCCCGGAAGAACACUAACCGCAACAACAGCGGCGGGAGGGUGCCCACCGUCAUCUGAGGACCGUGGUGUGCCCGCAGCCUCCCGCGCGCACCCUGGGGAGUCACCCACGUGAGUCCCGUCGGGUCCCCCUCACUUCUCCUGGUGGUCCCCAGCCACGCACCCACCCCCCCCCCACCUCACCCCCAGCAAAAUCACAAAACCCAGAUGGCCCUCGAGGGGCGCGAAGAGGCUGCAGCGUCGAUUCCUUUGCAUAGACUCCCCCUCGACCGACAACACAGGAGCAGCCGGAGGGCCUGGGUUCUUGAUGGUAGCACACCGGCGCCCGGACCCCUGGUCCAUCCGGCGGCCGGAGAAGACGGAGCGCGGCACAAGGGGCGGUGGGGGGGCGCAGGGGGCGGGGGGUGGGGGAGGGCGACGCAGCCAGCAGAAAGGGGGUGACUCUCCUUAACUGGCAGUUAAGCACAUCAGUACAUUUCACCUCUACCAAACGGAACACUUGGAUUUCAUCUCUUCUCCGAGGAGCUUGACGGCAUAAAUCAGAAGCAAGCAGAGUUUGUCAGGUUUGAAGCCCCUAUGAUGGUAUGUGUCAAAUCAGUUGUAGCUAAUCUGUCCAGGGAGGAUACUGGCUUCAUUACGCUCGUGUAGUUGAGUUCUUCCAGCAUUACCGCUGCUUAAUAGAACAUGAUUACUCAUCACCGGGAAGAAAGCGUAUUAGCGGCGGAGGUAGUUACACAGCACGGUCGGGUGAUUGCCACGAUGUGAUCGCAAUAUUCUGAGAAGCCGCGUAUUAUCCCAGACAUGUUCUCCCAAGCCCUUGGAGCCCUCCUUUCUAAAUUCACUGUCAUAAUUUAGUAUCUGUUUAAUUUUUCAGUCCAAAGAGAGGAAAUCAGUUGCUGAGUAGUAUUUGACUGCAGUCUCCUUGGUGCAAAAACAAAAUGGAAAAAAUAAAUAAGAGUGACUUGGAAUUUCAAAAGGAAACCACAGAUUCCGCUAACCACGAUUUCAAGCACAUUUAGUAAACUCAGCAAACGUGUAAAGGCUAUUUUUUUUUUUUUUUUGUCCAAACCAGAGAGAUAUUUUUUGUCCUUCUGCCAAGGUGGGUGUCUUGGGUCUCAGUCACUCCGGGGCCCAUGCGACCCAAGUCACGCAGGCCUCUGUAUUCUGUCUUUAGAUGAGAUGUGUUGAAAAUCUAUUUGAAUAAAAGAAGUUCAUAAAUA